GAGAAAGACAGGAGGAGGGGGGGAGGGAAAGAGAAAGAAAGAAAGGGAAAGGGAGAAAGAGAGAGAGAAAGAAUCUGGAAACGCGAAGGAACAAUUCUAGUCUCGGAGAACAGAGGCUGUGUUUUUCGUGCAGUGGAAGAGGCUGCGAUGUUACCUCACAACAGUGUGUGUGUUGUCCGCUGACUAUCGGAGAGGGAGUAUCCCCUUUAGCUCCGACACGGGCACUGUUUAAGUCCACUGCCGCCGCUGGUGUAUUUGGACAGACUUCACUGAAGAAGCAGGUGUGUGUGUGUGAUCCACACAGGCUGCAGCUCUCUCUCUCGUCCCCUCUCUCCCAUCGCCUCUGGUUCACACAUCAACCGUGGCGACCCUCGCAUUGAAACUGGUCGCCUGGUGCUCGGGGAUAUCAAGAAUAAACUGAAUUUUCCACUGGAACGCAGCCUCUCCACUUGUCACCAUGAAUACAGACAGCGGCGGCUGCGCUCGUAAACGUGCUGCUACUUCCGUUAAAUUAGCCUCCGUGAAGAGAGUGCAGAGUUCACCCAACUUGUUGCUGGUUACAGGUCAUGAAGCAGAGGAGGCAGAUUCAGAUGUGUGGAGAUCGUACAGCAUUAACGACGGCUUCAGGGGCACGGUGAACGGUGAAACACACAGCUCCUCGCUGGCCGCCAAGGGGUUCCGCAGCGUCAGGCCCAAUCUUUCAUUCCCCGAGAGGAAGACGCCUCCGCAUCAGAUGACGCUGAAUGGGAACACUGCCGUCGAUAGAGGCAGUCCAAUGAGUUACCUGCAAAGGCCUUUCUCCCCAUCAUCAACCUACCACUCACUGUCAUCAGUCAGCCCGAGUGCUGGAGUACUACAGCACAGCCGCACAAUGGAAAACUUAAGUAUUUCACAGCAAAGUAAGUCUCCUGGUGCUGACAUAAUGGGCAUGGAACCCAUGUACAGAACAUCAGAGGAGGAAAGGAAAGUGACUGUCAUUAAAGCACCACACUAUGCUGGAAUCGGCCCUGUUGAUGAAUCUGGGAUACCAAUAGCCAUCAGAACGACAGUGGAUCGACCCAAGGACUGGUACAAGACUAUGUUCAAGCAAAUACAUAUGGUGCACAAGCCAGAUGAUGAUACAGAUGCAUUCAAUGCCACAUAUGCAUAUGUUUACCCUGAUUACUACAGAUCGUUCACCUCUGUCCAGGCCCACCCACCUCCUAAGACACAUACCUACCGACCUCUAACAAAGAGCAUCUCGGACAACGGUGUGGAAUUCUACACGGAGACAGUCCCAUUACCGCCACCACCUCCUCUACCCAUCCCAUCACAACCAAGGCUACGAGAAGCAGGAGUCACGGAGAAGAAUGAAUGGGAUCCUCCUGAUAGAAAGGUGGAUACGCGCAGAUACCGAGCUGAGCCACGCAGCAUAUUUGAAUAUGAGCCGGGAAAAUCAUCUAUCCUAGAGCAUGAACGUCCGAGUGGGCGGCUAAACCCAGACGAAAUAGAUUUAGAAAACGAGCCCUGGUAUAAAUUCUUUUCAGAGCUGGAGUUUGGACGGCGGCCUCCUAAAACGCUCUUGGAUUACCUGCCAGAAAACACUCCCCAUACUCUGCCUGAAAACAUGAAGACUUCUUUUUACAACCCAGCAAUAGAAAGGACGUUGGAAAGACCAUACAGUGGCAACAAUUGUGCGAGCGACUACAGGAAGAGGCGGAAGUCCGAGCCUUCGGUGAACCACCAGAGAGCGCAGAGCGAUCACAUGAUGCAGAAGAACAGUGGAAUGGCCAGGAGGUCCGUCACUAACUCCUCACCAUCCUCCCCCUCCAGAGCGAAAGAUGGGGAUGUUAGCAGAGUUAGUUAUGCACUGCACAACCAGAGUUCCUCUCCCGAGUUAGGUUACGGCGGCCGCCUUGGCCAGCCUUUGGUGGUGAUCACGCCCAGCCCAAAGAGGUCCGUCGUCUUCAAGAACGGCUGGCAGUUGAACCGGCAAAAUGCGGAGGCUUGGAGCAGCGCCGACGAGGGGUCGUCGCCCAAGACCAAGUCCCGCAGCUACGACGACCUCCUGCAGAGCGACUACGAGAAGGUUGGCGAGGGGCAGGCCAAGUCGGAGAGCAUGGUGUCGCUGCUGUGCGAGGCGCAGCCCAAGGGAGGAUGCUCCCGGAGCUGGCUCUCGCCACAUGGCGCCGAGGCCGCCGGCCCGCCCCACCGCGCCCGCUCCCGGUGCAAGUCGGCGCGCGGCGACAAGGGCUUCCUGAAGCUCUACAGGAAGAUGCAUCACAUCAACCGGCGGGAGCUGACAAAUCCAGACGUCAUCUGCACCGUCAAGUCCCGGGUGCUGCAGUACGAGCAGGAGCAGCGCAGGGGCAACCUCUCGGACGGGAAAGAUUUGCCCGGCGAGGUCCCGCGAGACAUGGUGCCGACCAGGAUCUCCGAGUUCGAGAAACUGAUCAAGUCAAAGUCCAUGCCCAACUUGGACAAAGCCAUCUUAUCGGAAGCCUCCUACUUGGCUCCCAGUCUGAGAAUCGUCCCCAGGCGCCGCCUGUCCAUCGAGUCUUUACUGGACGAGGAAAACCAAGGCAGGAAGCUGUCGACAAUUCAGCAGCAGUACCGCAUGUCCAAGGCAAUGAUGCCCAUUCACAUCAAGGUGACCAACGAGGGCGGGCCAAGGUUGGCUUCCAGGUUCGACAGCGCCGAGUUGGACAGCGAUCAUGAGGCGGGGGUGUCUGAUCUCAGCGACUACAUGCCGGUGGAAGGCUCAUCCUUCUGCAGCGAGAGCGACCUGGACCAUUACUCCUUCACGUCAUCGGAGAGCAUCUACGGCUCGGGCCCCCACCACCACCACCUCAGCUCCUGCAAGGGCCGUUGUCCGGCCUCCUACACCAGGUUCACCACCAUGCUCAAGCACGAGAGGGCCACGAGCCAAGACAAGAAGCGGGCGCCCAAGAAACCCGACGCCGACCCCAACCUCGCCAAGCUCGCCUUCCUCGUCAGCCCCGUGCCUUUCCGGAGGAAAAAGGCCGUGCCCGCCCAGAAGAGAAAGGAAAAGCCGAAAUCAAAGUCGGUGUUCGAAGCCUUGGACUCUGCACUGAAAGACAUCUACGACCACAUCAAAGCGGAGAAGAGACGGGGGAGCUUACCCGACAACAGCAUCUUGCACCGGCUCAUCACCGAACUGCUUCCUGACAUCCCCGAAAGAAACUCUUCCCUCAAGGUCCUCGGGAAGAAAGUUAGUCCGCAGCCUUCUCUACAGCAGGAUGAAGAGGGGGGCGUUCCCUCGUACCAGUGUGACUUGGACAAAACCACAUUUAGUGCCUCUUAUCAGGACAUGGACACCAACAACAACCCAGACAACGAGUGUACCUACUACCAAGAUCAGGAUUCUCAUCGGACCGUCUCUGAAAUGGGCAGGACGGCGCUAAAAGAUCGCAGGGGGCUGGUUUCUGAACCCCGUCGGAAGCUGGAUGGAAAAGAGCGACAGCCUGCUAAAGCAAUUUAUGAUUUUAAGGCUCAAACAGCAAAGGAAUUACCAUUCAAGAAAGGGAGCGUUGUCUACAUAAUUAGACAAAUAGAUCAGAAUUGGUUUGAAGGUGAACAGCAUGGAGCAGUUGGAAUAUUUCCCAUUUCAUACGUCGAGAAGCUGCCGCCAGUGGAAAAGGCUCAGCCCGUCCGGCCACCACCACCAUCAGAGGCCAGGGACUUCGGGGAAGCCAUCGCUAAAUAUAACUUCAAUGCCGAUACAAAUGUGGAACUAUCCCUGAAGAAGGGCGAGCGGGUCAUCCUUGUCAGACGGGUUGAUCAGAACUGGUACGAAGGAAGGAUCCCGGGAACAAAUCGGCAAGGCAUCUUCCCAACCACCUACGUGGACGUCCUCAAGAAAGUACAAGCUAAGAACACUGCAGAAUACCCCAGCCCUUGUCUGCCUCUGACUUUUCCGAAUGAUAGGAGCCACAGCCUGGGAUCUUCAAGGUUGUCUUCUUGUGGAAAGCUCACCGCGACAUCCCCUAGGUUUGGACGUCAUCGAUCACCUUGUCCAAACGCACCCCAAGUGCAGGCUCCGACAGCUGAGACGAUAUCAAUGACUGUCGGGCUGUCUCCUCUCGACUCCUCAUCCCUCACGCCACCUCCUUCGCCUCAAACUCCGCCUGCCUAUUCGGACGUCCUUGCUACUUUGGCGAUCGCCUGCUCCGGUUCUGACCCAAUCCCGUCCACAAGUACCACUCCCUACGGGAAAUGGAGGGAUGUCGUUCCGGUCACUUCGUCCAAGCAUCGUCCCGGCUCGUCUGAAAGCCUUCAUCCUCCCUCCUGCCCAACCCUGUUGACCGCUGCCUCCCAGUCUCCCGCGAGCUUGUCACAUAUUCUACCGCCUAGAUACGACUGUGACAAAGUGCAGGUGACAGAAAACCCUCAGGACGCCGCUGAGAUGUCCAACGCCAGUCUUUCACUCAAUGGCAAAGGGAUGGAUGGUAUGGAGGUUCCUCUGGUCAUCACGGAAUCGUCUGAAAGGUGUAGUCCAAAGAAACGUGUGCAAUCCAAAGAGGACCAGCAAAAGGUACUCCAUGGAGCUGUGCAGUCAAGCAACCAGGGAACUCGGGCUGAGCACGAAGGAAUUAAGCCGACACCUUCCCACGGACCGAGUCCCAAUGUAACCACGGAGCCUCUGGAACUCUUCAUCGAGGAAGAUGCGAGUGCAGUCCACAUGACACUUGAGGCAAACGACCAGAAACCGGUUAGGUCUGAUGGCGUGCAGAGAGCAACAGUUAUUAACACCGAGACUUUAACAUCUGGAGCGGAGCCCCCUGUUGAUUCUCCUCUCUCACAAUUGCCCGCUGCAUAUACAUGCCCACCGCUAAAGACCACCCUCUCUCUCGCCUCACCUCCACACCUUCCCCAACCGCCCACAUUCUGUACCAGCCAGGAAACCAGCUCUCCAAAGCUGAAGACUGCACAGAGGCCUGAGGGAGCUCUCGUUGGUAAACCUCCUCGUAGCCCCCUGAUGUCCAAGCGAAGCUGUGACCCGUCGCUCAGGAGUAGCUUUGCGCCAUCUCGUAGGCCUCAACAACCAUCCCUUGCUCACCCCGAGGCACACAUUGGAGAACCCUACCAAGCAAUGUACAGCUACAACCCUCGGAACGAAGAUGAACUGGAACUUAAAGAAGGAGACAUUGUUGACGUGAUGGAAAAGUGUGACGAUGGAUGGUUUGUUGGGACGUCUCGGCGAUCCAAGUGCUUCGGUACCUUUCCAGGGAACUACGUCAAGAGGCUAUAAAAACGCACGCACAUUUUGCAUCCACUAUGAGUUUAGCACAGUGACCUCUGCCAAGCUCUCAUUAAAAACAAGUCGCAAUCUGUAAACACUGAAAGGACAACCUUUUGUGGCAGUGGUGUGGUUGACUGCAUCUAAGUUGAGAAGCUAUGCACAAGUCGGCAGAGCCUCCCACCGAGUAACAAGGACAUUUCUAAACACAACGCCUUCUGAUUGUGUUGCCUGGUGUGCCGCUCCACGAUGUCUCGAGCAUUUGUUUUUUGAAUAUAAUUAUUAUUGUUAUUGUUAAGGUGCACUUAUUUUAUUUCCCCCCAUAUAUGGUGGUGAUAGUGAAUGCUUAUUUAUUCCAUUCGGAGCAGGAGCAUUACAGUUUUGUGUUGUCAACUAACUUUUAUUACCGAUGAUUUUUGUCACAAAGUAGAAUAAAUGCAUAAUCCGUUCAGCAUGUAUUUCACCAGUAACUUGUACAGCUACAACAAUUUGUCACUUUGAAACCAGAGGUGGAGAGAUAUGUAGUUUCCACACUUUUCCAAACUGGUUGAUGAUUUAUUUUUGCUGCUAAUUAGACAAUAGACAAUAGGUGCAGGAGUAGGCCAUUCGGCCCUUCGAGCCAGCACCGCCAAUUAAUGGGAUAAUGGGAAUCGGUCACAACCCAGUGAUUUGUGCAGGUGGUUUGGAGUUUUUUCCUCCACUUCCACCCAUUCUACUUUGAAACUGGUGAGCUAGAAAAUUGUAUCAGGAAGAUUUGCAACAUAGAAUAGAGAGAUGGUUCAACGUUGCCACCAUUCUUUGAGGCAAGUCAUAUUCAGGUCGCUCGUCCAGAAUUGUGGUGUUUAAACGUUUGUAGAAUGGAAAUGUUUUAAUUUUUAUGUGACUGCAUUUUGGAAGUUGAUGUCGGAUCGAGGUGUGAGGCAAGAUGUUUUGUCAGUAUCGAUUCGAACCUUGCGAUCUUUAAGAGCUUUGAAAAGCAAGAGAGCCAAUGCACCAUUUGAAAUUCACUUCCCUGAUGUCCAUUAAGUAUUAUUCACGGUUUGCAUACAGCAAAGCUCGAUCAAGGGACCCCACCUGAAACGUCACCUAUCCAUGUCCUCCAGAGAUGCUGCCUGACCCGCUGAGUUACUCCAGCACUCUGUGAAACGUCACCUAUCCAUGUUUUCCAGAGAUGCUGCCUGACCCGCUGAGU